CAAAAUCAAAGCUCCAAGAUUUCUUUUAUAGUCUUCAAGAGUGCACCUGGGACAACGUUAUGUUGCAGAUGAAUCUAAAUAGAGCCUAUGAAUAUUUCUUCGAUACAUUGAAGUCGAGAAUUAACCAAAUAUUUCCAUUGAAAAAAUGCAACCUAAAAAAAGGACUCAAAAGGAUGUGGAUCACUUCGGGAAUAAAGAAGUCAAGCAAACAUAAAAGAGAUCUUUAUCAAAAAAUGUUGGACGGUUUAGUAUCACAGGAGUUCUACAAGAAAUACUCAAAUAUAUUGAAGCAAGUAGUAAGACAAUCCAAAAAAAAUGCAGAGAUGACAUUCAUAGCAAAUUCUGAGAAUAAGACCAAAGCCACUUGGACAUUGAUCAAUAAGACAACCAAAAAUGAAAGAGAUAAAGACAAAUCAUUAUUCGAGGUGUUUCCAGAAAAAUCAGAGGAGGAUUUAUUAAACGAGAUGAACGCUUUCUUUCUGAAGUCUGCUCCAAGACCUGAUAUGAGCAAUAAGACGGACACAGAGACUGUUAGACCACUCGAUAGUAGCAUUUUUCUGGGGCCAGUAUUGGAAGAGGAAAUGCUAGGCUAUAUAAGGCUCUUAAAAAACAAGAAAACAGUUGGAUAUGAUGAGAUACCUGUUGACCUAUUGAAAACCUGUGCAUCAAUACUUGUGAAACCCUUAACUCAUAUAAUUAAUCGAAUAUUGCAAGUAGGCGAAUAUCCACAGGCACUCAAACAAGCUUUGGUUAAACCAAUUCACAAGAAGGGAAAUAAAAACAUCUAUGAUAACUAUCGCCCUAUAUCAAUAUUAUCUAAUAUCAACAAGAUUUUCGAGAGAAUAAUUUUUGAUAAGGUCUUACAUUUUUUUGAAAUGAAUAACAUCUUGGUUAAGCAACAAUGUGGUUUCAGGCAGGGAAAAUCUACAAUAAAUGCAAUGUAUCAGGCACUAAAUUCCAUCAUAAAAUCAUUGAAUAAAAAUCAAGUGACAGCAGCUCUUUGCCUUGAUUUGACAAAAGCAUUUGACAGUGUGAAUCAUAACAUCCUACUAGAAAAAAUGGAAAAAUAUGGAAUAAGAGGAGUUGCACUAGAUCUCUUCAGAUCAUAUUUAACAAGAAGAACUCAAAGAACCACAGAGAGAGGAAGAAAUGGCAAACAGGGAAAGAAAUAA